CUGCAGCCGAACUUCGUGCAAGGCCUCCACAGCCUCCUCGUCCAGUCGACUGCAAACGAUACCGUGCAGCUCAAAGCUGCCACCGCUCAGCUCAACAGAGAGUACUACAAAAACCCGGCAUGCAUCCCCGCCCUCGCCAGCGUCAUCGCGAGCUCCCCUGACCAGGCUGUCCGUCAACUCGCCGCGGUAGAGCUCCGCAAGCGCGUCUCUGUCAACAGCGGCGAGCUCUGGUUGUCAGUCUCCCAGGCCGACCGCGAGCAGAUCAAGGCCAAGCUCCCCGAGCUCGUUCUCUCCGACCCCAGUAACCUCGUCCGCCAUUCCACCGCCCGUGUCAUCGCCGCCGUUGCCGCCAUCGAGAUCCCCGUCGGACAAUGGCAGUCCCUCCUCCCUUUCCUCCAGCAGACUUCCACCUCCGCCACCGCUUCCCACCGCGAAGUCGGCAUCUACAUCCUCUACACCGUCCUCGAGAAUAUCGUCGAAGGUUUCGAGAACCACCUCAAGGAGCUCUUCACCCUCUUCGGAGCCCUCCUCAAUGACCCAGAGAGUGUCGAAGUCAGAAUCACUACCGUUCGUGCGCUCGGCGUAGUAGCACAGUACAUCGACCAGGAUGACAAGGAGGACAUCAAAGCAUUCCAGAGCAUGCUCCCUUCGAUGAUCGCGACGAUUGGUCAGUGCGUCGAGAACGGAAACGAGCAGGGCGCGCGCCAGCUGUUUGACGUCCUCGAAACGCUGCUCAUCCUCGAGACCCCUUUGCUCGGCCAACACAUCCCACAGCUUGUCCAGUUCCUCCUCACAUGCGGUGCCAACAGCACCUUCGAGAGCGAGCUCCGUGUCCUCGCUCUAAACGCGCUCAACUGGACCGUGCAAUACAAAAAGUCCAAGGUGCAGGCAAACAACCUCGCCCCUGCCAUCCUCGAGGGCCUCAUGCCCAUUACCACCGAACCGGAGCCCGAGGAUGCGGACGAAGAUGCGCCCUCUCGUUCCGCCCUCCGCAUCGUCGACUGCCUCGCGACGAACCUCCCGCCCACGCAGGUGUUCCCUCCGCUACGAAACCUCAUCUCGCAGUACUUCGCGUCGCCCGAACCGGCGUUCCGUCGGGGCGCGAUGCUCGCACUCGGCGUGUCCGUCGAGGGCUGCAGCGAGUACAUGACGCCGCUCAUGCCACAAGUGUGGCCGAUGAUCGAGACCGGCCUGCACGACUCGGACGGGCAGGUGCGCAAGGCGAGCUGCAUCGCGGUCAGCUGCCUGUGCGAGUGGCUCGAGGAGGAGUGCGGGUCGAAGCACGCCGUGCUCGUGCCGACCAUCAUGCAGCUCGUGAACGACCCCGCGACGCAGCGCAACGCGUGCACCGCGCUCGACGCGCUGCUCGAGGUCAUGCACGACACGAUCGGGCUCUACCUCGAGAUGAUUAUGCAGCAGAUGGUUGGCCUCCUCGACACCGCGCCCAUCUCCGUCAAGUCCGUCGUCAUUGGCGCCAUCGGCAGCGCCGCGCACGCGUCGGGUGAUAAGUUCCUCCCGUACUUCCCGAGCAUCAUGGAGCGCUUCAAGCAUUUCCUCGUCCUCCGCAACGAGGGCGAGGAGCAGGAGCUCCGCGGCAUCACCAUGGACGCGGUCGGGACGUUCGCAGACGCGGUUGGCAAGGAGCAGUUCGCGCCGUACGUGACCGACAUGAUGAACUGCGCGUUCGACGGCAUCCAGAUGGGCAGCGCUCGCCUGCGCGAGUGCAGCUUCUUGUUCUUCGGUAUCCUGUCGCGUGUGUUUGGAGACGACUUUGCUGUAUACCUGCCCAAGAUUGUCCCCGCACUGAUCGCGAGCUGCCAGCAGGCGGAGCACGGCGACGAGUCCGGUGCCGUGGCGACGUCGAACUCGGAGAACCUCGCUAGCUUCGCGACGGGGACCUCCCCGGCGAACGCGAUCACCAUUACCGACGGCGAGAACGGCGGCGCUGUCGUCGAGAUUGAGGAGGAUUUGGACCUCGACAAGCUCCUCGACGUCAACAGCACGAUCUGUAUCGAGAAGGAGAUCGCCGCCGACACCAUGGGCACGCUCUUCAGCGCGACCCGCUCGCACUUCCUGCCCUACGUCGAGCAGUGCACGAUUGAGCUCAUCGGCCUGCUCCCGCAUUACUACGACGGUAUCAGGAAGUCCGCGGUCGACUCGCUGUUGGAGAUCGUCCGGACGUUCUAUGAGCUGAGCAACCCGCAAGAGUGGCUCCCCGGUCUUCCGGCUGCGCCGCUGGACAACCAGGUCGUCCAGCUCAUCAACCAUAUCUGGGUCCCUCUCUAUGAGAUGUACGAGUCUGAGGAUAAUAAGAAGGUGGUGUCGUCCCUGUGCGUCGGCUUGGCAGAGACCAUCAACAAGGUCGGCCCCGGUUUCUUGGAAGGACGCCUAGAGCCAAUUGGCACCAUCGCGAACCAGGUGCUCGAUCAGAAGGCUAUCUGCCAGCAGGACCCUGAUCAGGACGAGGAAGAGGAAGCACCGGAGGAUCAGGCAGAGUACGACUCCAUGCUCAUCUCUUCGGCAGGCGACCUCGUCGCCGCGCUCGCGAACACUCUUGGCCCGAAUUUCGCGCAAGCAUUCCAGACCUUCCUCCCCCUCAUCUCGAAGUACUACAAAAAGAACCGGUCGUUGAGCGAUCGCUCAUCUGCUGUUGGUUGCCUGUCGGAGAUCAUCGCCGGAUUGAAGAGCGCCGUUACACCCUACACGGAACCCCUUCUCGAACUCUUCUUCCGUGCACUCUCCGAUGACGAGCCUGAAGUACAAUGCAACGCUGCAUUCGCGAUCGGUCUCCUGAUCGAGCACUCCCAGAUGGACCUCUCGCAGCACUAUCUCAAUGUGCUUGCGUCGCUCCGGCCGCUGUUCGUUGUCACUGCUGAUGCGCCUGGGCCGCGACUUAACGCGCGCGACAACGCCGUCGGCGCCGUCGGGCGCAUGAUCGUCCGGAAUACCGCCGCCGUGCCCCUCGACCAAGUGCUUCCCGUCUUCUUCGACGCUCUCCCGCUCAAGAACGACUACCUCGAGAACCGCCCCGUGUUCGGCGCCGUCUUCCACCUCUUCAAGACGAAUCCAGCCGUGCUCCAGCCCUACAUGGAUCGCUUGCUGCAUGUCUUCGCAUUCGUCCUCGAUCCCAGCGGCCCCGAGCAGGUUGGCGAAGACAUCCGCGCGGAACUGAUCAACCUCAUCGGUGCGCUGAACCGUGAGGAUCCAUCGAAAAUUCAGGCGGCCGGCCUCGGUCCCUUCGUGCCAGGAGCAUAGAGCGCUUGUGGGGUAGACGGGUAAGGGUGAAGUGGGUUUGACCGCAAGAUUGGAAUAUUGUUUUGCUCAUCGUACAGAGUUGUCUCGGAAUACCAUGAUAUCACCUUCAUUACUGUGUUUCCUUAAUGCAUACUUUCAACGACGAUCAUACUCUGCGUAUCUGUCUGACCGUCAAUACCGCGGCUGGUCGGUUGGUGCGUACACAUCACGGUCCAAUACAGGUGAGACCGACAUGAUGGCUGGCGUAGUCUACGAAUAGAUCUCUGAUUCCCUUCGGACAUGCUACAGGAUUGCCCUCGCUACUAUUCCUUCGCUGUUCCCUCGUCUCGUAGUGGACGCUGAC